AUGGCUACCAACUUGCAGAUGAACCCUGAGGUGGAGCAGAUCCACGGCCAAAUCCGCGAUCACUUUCGAGCUCUCGCAAAUGGUUUCCAGAAGCUGGACAAGAUUAAAGAUUCCAAUAGACAAAGUAAUCAGCUGGAAGAGCUCACGGGGAAGAUGAGAGAGUGCAAAGGUUUGAUAAAAGAAUUUGAUCGUGAAAUUAAAGAUGAAGAGGGCAGAAAUACCCCAGAAGUGAACAAACAACUAAAUGAUGAAAAGCAAUCAAUGAUCAAGGAACUAAACUCAUAUGUUGCAUUGAGAAAAACGUACAUGAGUACCCUUGGUAAUAAGAAAGCUGAACUUUUUGACACGGGAGCAGGACCAAGUGAACCCAUGGCUGAAGAAAGUGUUCAAUUGGCAUCAAAAAUGUCAAAUCAAGAACUUAUCAAUACUGGGACGAAAACAAUGGAUGAAACUGAUCAGGCUAUAGAAAGAUCUAAGCAGGUUGUACAUCAAACAAUUGAAGUAGGUACCCAAACUGCCACCACCUUGAAAGGCCAAACUGACCAGAUGGGUCGCGUUGUUAACGAGCUUGAUUCAAUUCAGUUCUCAAUUAAGAAAGCCUCCCAGCUUGUGAAGGAGAUCGGAAGAAAGGUAGCUACCGAUAAGUGCAUCAUGCUUUUUCUGUUCCUUAUCGUGUGCGGUGUAAUUGCCAUCAUUGUUGUAAAGAUUGUAAAUCCACACAACAAAGAUAUUAGAGAUAUCCCAGGAUUGGCGCCUCCUGCUCCAACCAGGAGGCUUUUGUAUGUUAGGACUGGAUAA